ACAAGCUCUAAAGCGACAGUGGGGGAUAGGAACAGAACUAAAGCUGACAAAAUUGAGAGGACUAUUUCCGCAGAAUUAGCAAACUCCCUCAAACUUAGACAACAGCGAAAGUGCGAAUCACUAAAAUGUUGUCAUCCUCAACCUCAAGGAUCACUUUCAUUUUUAGGUAUUCUCUUCUCCAAAUCCCUAAUUUUGUUUCCUUCCCUUCCUCUUCAUCCCUUCACUCUCAUUCUGAGCCCCCAUCCCUUCGCCAAGUUGAUGAAGCUGUUGAUUCCUUCACUCGCAUGCUCUCUAUGCAUCGCCCUCCAUCAAUAAUCCAAUUUAACAAGAUUUUGGGCUCUCUUGCCAAGACCAACCAUUUCCACGCCGCCGUUUCCCUUUUUCAGGAAUUGCAAGCCAGAGGAAUCGCUCCCGACUUAUUUACUUUGAGCAUCGUAAUUAAUUGUUGUUGCGGCGUGGGUCGUAUGACGCUUGCUUUCUCUGUAUUGGCCAAGAUUUUCAGAAUGGAUUAUCAACCUGAUACGGUAACACUGAAUACACUCGUUAAAGGCCUCUUUCUCUGUGGUAGUGUUGAAAAAGCAUUGCGCUUUCAUGACAGAGUGCUGGCUCAUGGAUUUCACUUCCACCAAGUCACUUAUUGGACCUUGAUCAAUGGGCUCUGUAAGGCCGGACACACAUCAGCUGCUAUUCAAGUGUUGAGAAAGAUCCCACGGUAUGGCAUUGCUCCUGAUGUCUUCAUGUACAGCGCAAUUAUUGAUAGCCUCUGCAAGGAUACACUUGUAAGUCAGGCUUUUCAUUUAGUUUCUCCUAAUGUUAUCACAUACAAUUCUCUCAUUUUUGGAUUGUGUCUUGAGGGUCAAUAUAAGGAAGCCAUUGAUUUGUUAGGUGAUAUGGUGCUUAGAAACAUUACUCCAAAUGUUCGUACCUAUAGUAUUUUGAUCGAUGGGCUAUGCAAGGAAGGAAAGAUCAAAGAUGCUAAGAGUGUAUUGGCUGUAAUGGCAAAACAUGGUGUGAAACCAGAUGUGGUUACUUAUAGCAGCUUAAUAGAUGGAUAUUGUUUGGUUAAUCAGGUAAAUAAGGCAAAAUAUAUAUUCAACACAAUGGCCCAAAUUAGAGUGUCACCCAAUGUUCAAAGUUACAGUAUCAUGAUUAAUGGCUUCUGCAAAACUAAAAUGGUCGAUGAAGCCUUGAAUCUCUUUGAAGAAAUGCGUCGCAAGAACUUGGUUCCAGACACGGUAACUUACAGCACACUUAUUGAUGGCUUGAGCAAAUCAAAGAGAAUCUCCCGUGCUUUGGAGCUUCUUGUCGAGAUGCAUGAUAGAGGUCAACCCGCUAAUGUAGUCACUUACAAUUCGUUGUUGGAUGGGAUGCUCAAAAACCAACAACCUAACAAGGCAUUUAUAUACACUUACAAUAUACUUAUAGAUGGCCUAUGCAAAGGUGGAAGACUUCUAGAUGCAAAAGAGAUUUUUCAAAAUCUUUCCGUUAAAGGCUAUCGUCCAAAUGUGAGGACAUACAAUAUUAUUAUCAAUGGGCUCUGCAAAGAGGGCUUGUUUGAAGAAGCAUUGACACUCUUGUCAAAAAUGGAAGGCAAUGGUUACUUACCAGAUGCUGUGACUUUUGAAACUGUUAUUCGUGCUUUGUUUGAAAAAAAUGAGAAUGACAUGGCGGAGAAACUUCUUCGGGAAAUGGUUGCUAGAGGCUUAUUGAAUUGAUAAAAGAAGUGUUUGCAGCUUCUCUCAAUUUCUUCACGCCAUUUCUGCUUCUUUUCAACUUCUCGUUAACUCCAUCCACUGUUGCCAUACUUCUUGGUCCGUUUGACUUCCAGGGACUCCAAUUUCGGGUCUGAGCCAAGUGGACCAUGACUGACCGCAGCUAAUUAUGCAGUGUUGGACUGUUUCUUCCAUCAUGGUACAUCUUUGACAGGUUGCGGGUAUUGUUCUGAUUCUUCCAUGGAGUUGUUGGUUCACCGGCAACCCCUUGUGCAUUACAUUCCAGAGGAAGAUUCUUAUUUUCGGUUGCACUUUCAGGUCCCAAAUAGAAGUCCAGAGCUUUUUCUGCUGGCAGUGGAGUGGCAUCAGUUCGAGUGGAGGGUGGUAGAACUGGUGCGCCAGUAACUAUCCUGAAGCCACGGUGUAGCAACCCUUUUUCUCCCUUGGCCAGGUAACCGAAUCAUCCCCUUCCCCAAUUUCAGUUUGUAAAACGUUCUGUGCAAUAUCUGUACUGAAUUGUUCUGCAAUGAGCUGUUGGUUCCAUUGCUUGUUUUUGUUUAGGAGUUGAUUAACCCAAAUUAGUUGUGAGUUAGUAGGAAUUAACAUCUGAGUAGAUAAUGCUUGUCGAUUUUUGAUCCAAGAGUCCUCCAUUUACAAUAGGUAAAUACCAAUCUACCAUGUUAUAUGUAUAAAUUUAACUGGCUACACGUUAAUCCAAACUAUGUUGAAGCUCUCUAGUGUGAAUUUUCCUUUAUACUUUGAUUUGUAUUUGGCCCCUUUCGUAAUCAAUUGUGAGACACUAGAAUUCUUCUCAACUUAUUUGGUUUCUAGUUGAACCCAUACUCACUAGAUUUUAAACUUCAAAAAUCACUUUUCUCAUGAAACUCAAACAAAAAUCACUUCAUCUCAAACGGAUGAAAUAUUGCUGUUGCUGUAAACUUUGCAAAGCCAAUCUUUGCAUUAUAAUUUGGUUCUUCAUUUAUAUUCUUCCAUUCUAACUUUGUGUGGUGGUUGCUGCGUAAAACAGUUUUUAGACUUAAGCAAACAGUACUCCAAAUAAUCAUUUGAUACUGCAAAGGGAAUAAUUUUGCUUUAUGGUGAGAGUAUAUGAUAUACAAUCUGUUUUGGAUAUUGCAAGUUCAUCAAGAACAUGAUGGCUCUGUCAUCAAGAGUUGUUUGAGACUCUACAGAAAGGGAAAAUUUUAAUAUAGUUAACCAAUUCUUUGUUCAUUUUCACUGACAUACAAAAUGGGAGC